AUGACCAUUGCGCCAGACAGUCCUGCCAGCGUCAUUCUCGUCGACCCGCCUCCAUCCGACGACCCGCCACCGCCCUAUCCCUCCCGCGAACGUCGAGCUCGCUCCUCCCGCCGUCUCUCCCGCCGUCUCCAGUCCACCCAGCUCUCCUCCCCAGAGCCCAUCCCUGACAGCGAGCACGACCAUCCUCCCGCCCACUCCCCGCCCUCCCGCGUGCUCCUUCGCCCCUUCCCACCCUCUGACGAUGCGUCAGAGACAACACCGCUCCUCGCACCCUCCAACGCCUCUCUCAUCAGCUCCACACGGCGCUUAACCCGUCCCCGUUCUGCGUCGCACACAAGCACAGUCUUAUCCUCAAGCUCUGCCGCUCCUUCUCUCGCCCAGACUGUACUCUCACUCUUUCGAGCUGACGUUGACGACUCGAGCGACGUGGAUGACUAUGAUCUCCUCGCGGGCGAACAGCGUGAUGACGCUCGUGCUCCCACCCACGGUUCUCAUGUGCAUACCGGCAGGGAUUAUGUGCUGCCAGAGUAUCAGCACAGAGAGAGCGGGAGACACCCAUUGCUGUUUUCGAGGCGCGCAUGGGCGAGGUAUUUUCGGCCGGUGUUCAAGAGAGCGUACUACGCCGCCGUAUUCCACCUCAUGGUGCUCAACUUUCCUUAUGCGCUCGCAGCGUGGAUAUACCUCUUUAUCUUUACUUUGACUGGAACCACACUGCUGAUGGCACUUCCAUUAGGCGCUGUCCUGUGUUUCUUCGAUCUAAUAGGAGCCAGGGCGUUUGCCAGGGGAGAGCUUGCUCUUCAGUCUACAUUCCACGGACCUCUUGCCUAUCCGCUGCCGUAUCCUGCACGGCCCAUCUUCACUCGCCAGCGCCCAGCGACACCUGCAGAGGUGGAAUCGGGCGCAGCAACCGGUACGAAGUACGAAACGUCAUUCUACAAAAAUGCAUAUGCGAUGUUCACAGACCCGACUUCAUACCAGGCGCUCUUCUAUUUUCUCGUGAUCAAACCAGGGAUCACGCUAUUGGUCUCUCUUAUUCUUGUUGUUUUCGUCCCAGUUGCUUUCGUGCUCGUGCUUCCCGCGCCAUUGGUGCUGCGGGCAGUGAGGAGGCUGGGAGUGUGGCAGGCCAAUGUGGCAGUAGAGGGGCUGUUCCUGGCCAUGUCUUAG